CUAUAAACUACCAUCUGGUUAAUCCCAGAUUUAUGAGUUUCGACAAAAAUGAGGUUCUAGGCGAUACUAUUUGAUCAGAGGGUGGGUGACGAACAAAGGCCCUUCUGACUUACUUAUCCGAGAGACCAUUAGACAAAGUUGAUAACUGGCUUUUCUCCUUCGGGUUGCUCCUUCAAGUAUCCCAUUUACAUAGGGGACAAGAAAAUUGAAGAAGUAUUGGAUGGUUGAAUUUGAUUGAUCCCAUGAACCUUUGUAGCCUGCCAUUUUUAAUAUCAAGAUCACUAUUUACACACAGAUAUAGAGUACAUGUAACUGGUAAAAUGGAUGAAAUUUUUCUUGCCAGAUGAUUGGUUUCCAUCACAGUGUAAGUGGUUCAAAUUGUAUCCUUCUCACAUGCAUGGUUGGCAUAAGAAUGGCAAAGACCAGUUGAUGAUUAACAAAGUUGAUCCACUGGCCCCAGAAAAUUUACUAAGGCAUGGAAGGUUCAAUUUCAUUCAUCCCACAGAUACCAAAUGACAUAAUCUUUGAUGUUCUGUCUAGACUACCGGUCAAGACCCUGGUUAGAUUUUGUUGCAUCUGUAAGUUCUGGCAAAAGCUUAUAACCUCAGACCAUGGUUUCAUACAAUCUCAGCUGCAAAAUUCUGUAAAGAGACUUACUGGCUAUGAGAAUGUGCUCCUGAGCAGUUGUGUUGGUGAUAGCCCUCAAGACUUUACCUGCAAAGAAGAUCCCAAUUCUCAACCCAUAAAAUUUUCAAAGAAACUAGUAACUGCUUCAGAGAAGUCUGCAGGCUUUCGCCUAUAUUUCAAAGAAGAUAAAUUUACAAUGGCAGGUUGCUGUGAUGGGGUGAUAUGUUUUGUUCAGUUCAGCAAGCAUAAUUUUAACGUGAAUUUGGAAUUUAUGAUUUAUCUAUGCAACCCAGCUCUAUGUCAGUGCCGGGCUCUUCCACCUGGCCACUAUCAGGGCAAAUUCUUUUCUUGGGAUACAAUUGUAAGCUUUUUCUUUGACCCUGUGAUUCAUGACUACAAAGUUGUCAAGAUUAUACCUAAGUUUAGCUCCUUUUUGGUUGAAAUAUAUAGUCCAAGCAGUAAUACUUGGAAACCGUUGAGUUUGAAAAUUUCUCCAUGUCCCCAGCAUAUUUUACAAAGGCCGCUAGUUCAUAAAGGUUUUCCUUAUUGGAUUUCUCAGAGUCAACAGGAUUCAAGUCAUCUUGUCCUAAAUGUGUUGGACAUAACCCAAGAAAAGAUACGACGAAUUUCCUUCCCAGAUAGAGUACGAUUACAAUAUGCUAACCUAAUAUUAUUCCAAGGGUCCCUUUCUGUUUUUGGUUGUAAUUUCAAACAUCAAAAUGAGCUCUGGGUGAUGACAGAAGACAAAAAAGGAUCAAUCUCAUGGACGAAGCAACUUGUAGUUCCUGAUAUUUCACAUGCAUACCCACUAUCCAAUAGAACAACAGGGAUCACAGCCUCUGGGAGGCAGUUUAUAUCUUCUCUUGGAGCCACGGUGCAUUCUUAUGAUCCAAAGAAUCAAAAACUUGAGAUGCAUACUGAGAUGCUUUUGGAUGGUUGGAGACAGAAGUAUGUUGUAGCUGAUUAUGUUGCAAGUUUGGUUUCUGUUAUUCCUCCUCCUGUUGAAAAUGACUUCUAUCAUGGAGAGAUCUUAGCAUGGGAGAAAUGAAGAUUACCAGUCAAGACCCUCGUUCGAUUUUGUUGUGUCUGCAAGUUUUGGCGAAAGCUUACAACCAUGGACUGUGGUUUCGUACAAUCUCAGCUCCGAAAUUCGGUAAACAAUCUUACAGGCCAUCAGAAUGUCUUCCUAAGAGGUGGCGGUGACAGUCCUCAAAACCUCUGAAACUGACAGAGAAAUUGGUAACUGCUUUGGAGGAUUCUGCAGGCACAUGACUAUUUUUCAAGGAAGGUAAAUUUACAAUGGCAGGUUGCUGUGAUGGGGUGAUAUAUUUUGUUCAAUUCAGCGACCACUAUUCUAGUUUGGAUUUGGAAUUUACAGUAUAUCUAUGCAACCCGGCUCUGCAUCAAUGCAGGGCGCUUCCACCCAGCAAUUACAAGGGCAAGUUCCUUUCUUGGGACACUAUUUUAUGCUUUUACUUCGACCCUGUGAUCGAUGUCUACAAAGUUUUCAAAAUUAUAUACAGAUAUUCCUUCUUUUUGGUUGAGAUUUAUAGUCAAAUUAAGCACUAAUUCUUGGAAAGCAUCCAGGUCAAAAAUUCUUCCGUGUUCCUCAGGUAUUUCUCAGAGACCAGUGGUUCAUAUCGGGUUACCUUAUUGGUUUGCUUGCAGUUAACAGGAUUAUGGUCAUCGUGUCCUAAAUGUAUUGGACAUAGCUCAAGAAAAGAUUCGAGAAAUUUCAUUUCCAAGUAGAUUUCAUUAUGC